AUGAACCGAAACGCUUGCCUAGAUAACACCACUCAAGUCGGCCCUCCCCAUAUGGGCUUAACUGUCGCAGAUUUCUAUCCGUCGUGGACCAGGAGCCAGCCAUGCGUUGAACUUUCAUCCUACAUCAGACCUGAUGAUGCGGGCUCAAUCCUACCCUGGCCAUAUACACUUGCCUGGUUCCUCAUUCAUUUUCCCGUCACUCUGAUAAGAGUACACCGAUGGGAAAGAGUGCAAGCUUUAUCAAUCAUCUUGGCCAUUAUUACCAUCUGGUUUCAGCUCCAGGCGUAUACCAACAGUAUUCAUCCUGAGUCAGUUCUUGUUUGGAUGCCGAUCUUCGUCGUUCUUGAUAUUGUAGCAAUGAUGCAACUCGCCUUUUUAAUUGUUGAAGACAACGGUUUUCGAUCUCUGCUUAAGGCUCUUCCUAAAGUAAUCCAGAGGAAGCGCCAAAGCAACAUUUGUACCCAGAAUGAAGCACAGACGUUGAUUGAGGGGGAAGAGGCUGCAGUGGUGGCUACGAAUCAAACCACAAGUGAGAAUGAUAAGUCCCUACCGACGAAUGUUACUGAGAAAGGGUGUGAAGGCCCGGAUCUCGUAGGACGGGCUUGGGUUGCCUUCCUUGCCGUGAUUCUGGGUAUUGUUCUCCUUGCGCUCCAGAUGUUCGGACUCGCAAUGGUAAUUAUCGGAUCUCGAAACAACAAGGUCACAGCGAAAUGGUGCUCGACACUGUUCACCAAAGCCCUUGCUGUCGAGUCUGGAUGUGAGCUAUACACUGUCACUGCGUCCUUUAGUCAGGGCGUUGGUUGUAUUACGCUCAAAGGUUACGAGCAGUACACGUGGCUCAAGGCCUCCAUUAUUAUUAUUUCCCUAUCCCUAGCUUUUCAGGUGUUCGAUCUUGUCAUCUUGCUCCUUGUCCGCGGGACCACUCGAUGGCGAGGUGCAAAAAUGAAGAGGCCGUGGUUUACUAUGUUUGCUGGAAAUAUCGUCCUUUUGGUGCUGAUAAUCGUUGGCGUAUUCCAGUGUCAGCAGUUGCCCAAGAAGGUGGACCAGAGCGUUACGGUAUAUGAGUUUCAGAAAGCUCUUAACGAGGGCGUUACUUGUAUCGCUCAUUUAACACCUUAUGGGGUGCGUGGGGCUGUGAUUGGGUGGACAGAUGGGUUUUUACAAAGCUGGGGAGACACAUAUAGCCCGAAGACCUAUUAA